UUGUAACUCCUCUGAACGAGUCAGUCUGGAACCAUGGCCGCCUGGUGGAGUUGUUUUGGUUGGACGGUGAUUGCUUUCUGUGUUAGCUGUGUCUUCGGGGUACCUACGCAAAGCACAGGACAUCGGAGAGAGGGAGCUGAACCUCGGUUUACAGAGAAGUAUUUCACUCAGAUUUUGGAUCACUUCAACUACAACAGCCUGGGCAAUGGCACAUACCAGCAGCGCUACCUAAUCACUGACAAAUACUGGAGAAAAAAUGGUCCCAUCUUCUUUUACACGGGCAAUGAAGGGGAUGUGUGGGACUUUGCUCUGAACUCUGGAUUUAUAUUAGAACUGGCGGCUCAACAGGAGGCUCUGGUGAUAUUUGCUGAACAUAGAUAUUAUGGAAAAUCUCUACCAUUUGCGGAAGAGUCGUUUAACAUCCCACAGAUUGGUCUCCUGACAGUGGAGCAGGCUCUUGCUGAUUAUGCAGUCAUGAUAACCGAGCUUAAAAAAGAGCUGGGGGCACAAAAAUGUCCUGUUAUCGUUUUUGGUGGAAGCUAUGGAGGCAUGUUAAGUGUGUACAUGAGAAUAAGGUACCCCAAUAUUGUGACUGGAGCUUUAGCUGCCAGUGCUCCUAUUUUAUCUACAGCAGGAAUGGGCGACUCAGGACAGUUCUUUCAUGAUGUAACAGCUGAUUUUGAGAAUUAUAAACCUGAGUGUAAGGAUGCAGUGAGACUGGCUUUUCAGAAGUUGCAUGUUAUGGCACAAGAAGAAGACUACAAAGGCAUCCAGUCAGUGUUCUCCUUGUGUAAGACACCAUCCUCAUUAAAAGACAUCCACCAGCUGAAUGGUUUCCUGCGCAAUGCCUUUACACUACUGGCCAUGAUGGACUACCCCUACAAAACCAGCUUCAUGUCUGACAUGCCUGCUUUCCCUGUUAAGGUAGCGUGUGAAAUCAUGCUGAAUAAAACAGAUGUGCUCGCUGCUCUCAGAGAUGCUGUCGGUAUUGUGUAUAAUUCAACAGGCCAGCAGGGCUGCUAUGAUGUGUACUCGCUCUAUGUGGAGUGUGCAGAUCCUACUGGCUGUGGCCUCGGCUUCAACAGUUAUGCCUGGGAUUAUCAGUCGUGUACAGAGGUUGAGAUGUACUUUGAAAGCAACAAUGUGACAGACAUGUUCCCGCCCAUGGCCUUUACUGAGAGUAUGAGAGCACAGUACUGUGAGAAGCGAUGGGGUGUGGUGCCACGGCCAGGCUGGCUCAAAACUCAGUACUGGGGUGAUGCCCUUUCAACUGCCAGCAAUAUCAUCUUCUCUAAUGGUGAUCUGGAUCCAUGGGCCAACGGAGGGAUCAGGAAGUCACUGAGUGAGUCUCUGAUUGCAAUCAACAUAGCUGACGGAGCGCAUCAUCUAGAUUUAAGGGCAUCCAACGUGGCGGACCCGGCCUCAGUGGUAAAGGCACGCCAGCAAGAGGCCUCCAUUAUUGCUCAGUGGGUGAGCGUGUCAAGAGAAUAAAUGGGGCUUGAAAAGUAUUAUCUGAUUCAAAUUUCAUCAGUACUGGUACUUUUUAUCUUUGUUUUAAUCAAAAUGUUCUGUGUAAAGCUGAUAGCUAGCUAAAAGAUAAUAUCCAGUCAGCUACUUCACCACAGAAAACUCGCAGCAUAAAAAAUAAAACAUUCAGAAGUCAGUCCAGUACUAGUAAUACUAGUAGUGGAAUCUGUGCAUGCCAUGCAUCAUUUUCAUAAUGUCAUUAUUUCUGUGUUUUUGAAGCAUGUAAAACAAGUUUAAAUAAAGUGUACAAACUCUUA